UUAAUUUCGUUGACUAAGACUAUGACGAAAAAUACUUGUCAACGAAGCUUUUUCACGGACGCAAACUAAACAAAAACUAAAUAAAAAGUGAGAUAUGAUGACCAAGACGAUUACGAAAAUAACUGACACUUUAGUCAACAAAUAAAAACGAGACUAAACUAUUAGGGAGGGACGAAUGGUGAUCCUUCCUAUCAGAAUUACUUUUUUUGUGGGACACGUUGGGAAGAAAUCCAAUCAAAAGUUAGUUGCCAACCGCCAUAGAGAGAAACCUAGGUGGCGGUAAUGCGCCAUAAAGCUGUGCGAAGAAGGAGAAGAAGAGAGCGCGUAUGGUUGAAGCAUAAACGCAGCAUUUUCGUAGCAGUAGUAGCCUUUAAAAAAUCAAAUGAAUAAUAGACAUGUUACAGCUAGGGCGAAAAAGAAGAGUUGAUAUCUGGGCACACUUCACAUAUGACACUAAGGACAACAAGACAGCCUGCAAACCGUGUGGAGCCAAAAUAUCCGGAAAAAACACCACCAACUUGAAACGGCAUUUGCAGACGACUCAUCCAGAGAUACAUGCGAAGAUACAGAAGACGUCUGAUGAUAAAAAUGACCAUGGUGGAGAUAAAGCUAGUGCUAGUGUAACCCAGCAGACCAUCACUACCGCCUUUCUUACUGCUUCUAAGUACAAAAUGGAUUCAAAGGAGCAAUUGGUCAAGGAGCAGGCCAUCGCGAGGUGGAUUGGACGAACAGGAUUACCGCUGACAACAUGCGAGGACGAGGACUUUAUAGAAAUGAUGGAGAUAAUUGAAAAGAAACUAACAAUUCCAAAGAAAACUAAAAUUAGCAAUUUAGUUGAAACUGAAUAUGAACACGAAAAAGACAAAUUUAAAAAAAGACUGGCUGCUGCCAGGAGGGUCAGCAUAGGCCUUGACAUGUGGACAAAAAAAGGACUGACUGCCUCAUUCCUUGCUAUAAGCGCAUGCUACCAUUGUGUUGAACAAAGUAAACCUGUGCACAUAUUGUUGGCCCUUGAACAAGUAGCUCACCCACACACUGCACAGUCUAUUAAGGCAUGUGUGGACAAAUGUAUGCAAGAGUGGGCCAUACCAAAGGAGAAGAUCCUGACUGUAAUAACAGACAAUGGUAGUAACAUGGUGGCAGCCUUUAAAAACACCACAACAGAAGAAACCAGCUCUGAAGAUGACUCCCCUGGGUCCUCGAUGGAAAGUGACUCUGAAAUUGAUGACCAGCGGUACCAUCAUGUCGACAUGGAAAUGGCCCGGACACCAUGCGUGGUGCAUACCAUACAACUUGUGGUCCACAUGACGCAGAAAGAAACAACGGUCAAAAGAGUCCUCGAUAAAGCAAGGUCUGUGGUGAGGCUCUUUCGCAAGUCCUCAGUAGCAACACAGAGGUUACUGGACCAGUGUGGUGUUAUUGUUGUAAAUGACUGCCCCACACGCUGGUCAAGCACAUUCAACAUGGUCACACGACUCCUCACAGUCAAAGAUGCAGUCUGUCAAAUCUCAAAUGACAUGGGAUGGGACAGUUUGCUUACUAGUGAGUGGCAAAAGCUUUCAUCAUUGUAUGACCUACUGCUGCCUUUUGCAGAACACACUAAAACCCUACAGAGUGACACUACAUCUAUGUCCUUAGUGGUUCCUGCCCUCUUUGAUCUGCUGAGCCACCUAGCUGACUUUGCAGAGAACACUCGGUACAGAGACCUCGCCACUCUUGCAGAGAAAAUGAGAACAAAUCUGAACCUACGUUUUGCUUGCCUUUUGGAUUCAAACGAUGAGAAGUUCUCACCACUUGCAGCAGCUGCCUGCUUUGUCAACCCGACUGUCUGUAAAAUACUUGUUAAUAUUGAUGUAGCUGAUGGAAAUAUCCAGGAACUGCUAAAACAGGCAGAAGACUAUGUGGUCAAAUGCACUUCCCCACACACAAGACAGGAGGACUCAGGACUUCAGGAGUCUGAAGAUGAUGAAGUUGUUAAGGAACCAGAAGCAGCGCCAUCCUCAAAGCAGCCGGUGUUUAGGUUUCUUUCAAAAUGCCGUACCACAAGGCCUGAACAGAAAACCUCCACAACCAGCAUCAGGCAGCAGAUCAUUAAGUACAAGGAAGAACUUUCACAUCCCAUCACUGAGGACACAGGAACAGACUUCUGGCUGGAAAAGAGUGACAAUUUUUAUCACAGUUUGAAACCUUUUGCAUUAGACUUGUUGGCUAUGCCAGCUUCUCAAGCUUUUGCAGAAAGGGUAUUCAGCAUCACAGGUGAUCUCACAAGAGGACGGCGCAACAGAGGAAGGGUCAGAUUGGAGCGAAGUGCUUUCCUCAAAAUGAACAGAAACAAAUAGAACCGUUGUAUUCACUGCUAUUUACAGCAUUCCUGUAGCAGUAUGUGCACAGCUUAGAGAGUUACUGGUCUGGUAUUUGUUUUGUUUUUUGUUUAAUAUGAGAGCAGAGAUGUUUUUGUUCCAUGCAAUAAUGGCAUUACAGCUUAGCAUUUCAUUUAAAUAUGUUUUUUUUUUUUUUUUUUUUCAAAUCUUUGUGCAUUGUGUGCAAAAUUAAUUAAUGAAGAAAAGCAGUCUGCUUUUUAGUUUAAUGUGAUCUUUACCUGUACUUCCAAUGCCAAGAGAGCAGGGUUUUUUCAUUUACUUGAACAUU